AUGUUUGUUUCUAUUAGAAAUGCUCCAAUCUGCAAGCACGACAAGGUAGCUAUCGUGGGAGCUUCAAGGGGUGAAAGUGUGGACAUUGUCUGUGAGAUCGAAUCUGAUCCUCCGGCAAGAAGUUACCGAUGGAAGUUUAAUAAUUCUGGUGAAACCAUCGACGUUGCAGCCGAACGAUAUGCCAAAACUAGUAAUGGAACUCACAGCAUCUUGCGAUAUACUCCGGUGUCAGAAUUAGACUAUGGAUCCUUGUCAUGUUGGGCUUCUAACAUCGUUGGGCAUCAAGUGGAGCCUUGAAAACCUUUUCCAGUAAAAAACUGUAGUCUUUCCAAUCAGACCAGCAGCUCAGUAGAGGUUUAUUGUCUUCCGGCAUUCGACGGAGGUCUUCCGCAACACUUCGUUCUUGAAUUAUAUUCUUCCAGUUCUGCAGUACUUAGAUUUAAUAUGACCUCUUAUACAGAACCCUAUUUCUUUUUGGAUAAUUUGGAGCCUGACGUAACUUUUCGAAUUAUUAUAUUCGCUAUCAACAUGAAAGGAAAGAGUGCUGGAGUUGUAUUGGAAGAACUUACGUUUAGAGAUGCCGAAAAACGAACAGCACAAGAUGGUGACAUAGCAAUAUCGCCAGUUUUGGGUAUUCUAAUAGGAGCAACAUUUACGAUAAUAGUAGUGAUACUCAUAAUUAUCAUUCGAAUUAAAAGAUCUCAAAAUAAUUCUAGCACCGGACUGCAUGAACAAAAAGUAUCGGUUGGAGCAGGAAACCAACAAAAUACCUUGUCCUCAACAAAGCCCUUAUUAAGAAGUACUUCACCAAGGGAUUUGGACGAAAGGGAUCCUGAUAUUAUUCCUGCCAAAUACGGGUCUCCUGAGGGUGAGUGUGAAAGACAAGUUGGCGCAUUAAAUGGUCCCCAAGCUCCUUCGGCUACCAGAAAUAUCCAAAAAGUACAGAACUACGCUCAGUCUAAUGUUCCUUCUCCACAGUGGAUUAGUCCAGUAACUAAUGAACAGUAUCACCAGUAUAACAAUCCUGUGGCUAUGGUAAGUGGAACGUUUCCUCGAGAAUCUAGACCAAAAGAUCUUCGGUUGGGCAAUGGAAGUUCCACUCUUCAUGGAGUUACAGAUUUGGAGCUAAAUGGCAUGGCCAUUAAAGAAAGACUGAUGGCAAAUCGUCUACCAGAAAGUUGUGUUUAA